AUGGCCGUUUCGCAGUCUGGGAAGGCCAAGGCGGCCCCCAAAGCCAGCAAUGGCUCAACACGACGCGGCACGCAGAUGCACCGCCGUUCAAGAACAGGUUGCUAUACCUGCAGAUUAAGACGAAAGAAGUGCGACGAGGGCACGCCUCUUUGCACAGCUUGCAAGCACCUUGGCCUGCAAUGCGAGUAUAAGCGACCCAUGUGGUGGAGCAACAACGAUGCGCGCAAGAAGCACAAGGAGGACAUCAAGGGCAUCAUCAAGCGCAAGAAGCUGUCGGAAAAGUCAUCGCACGCCUCCAUCUCAACUUCUGUCACUUCUUCACCUCCUGGCCUUUCACACUCCGUACCCUCAUCCGCGACAUACACCGAUCCCAUGGACCGCAACAGGUCUGCGUCUAUCGAUUCUCACUUCUCAAACGGCUUCAACUUCAACGGCCCGAUGCAUCAGGCCGACUACUCCUCUUACAACUCUCAGAUGCCUCCAGACUUUAUGAUUGGCUCUUACUCACCCUACGAGAUUGAUGUCAAGACGGAGCGACAAAUGUUCAUCAACGACAUCCCAACGUUGAAAGAGUCUCAGGUUUCUACCUUUAGCACUUACUGCCCACCUCCGCCACCAGGAACCGUUCUGCAGUCGGGUAGCCUUCCGGGAAGUUGGGUCGAGCAGGUUCACGAGGAGCGCCGCGAAUCGCUGGCCGAGGAGGCGCUCAACGUCAACUUCUUUGACUUUUCCCACGGACCUUCCUACGACUCCAGGCAGGUCAAGAUUGAGUUGGAUGAGAAUGACCAGCGCCUGUUUGAUCACUUCAUCCAGUUCGUCCUGCCCACCAUCUUCCCCAUCCUGGAGACGAACCAGCAUGGAUCGGUGGCCUCAGACCUGAUUCUCCCUGCCCUGCAGUCCAACAACACAUAUCUGCACUGCUGCCUGAGCAUCGCCGCCCAGCAUCUCAAGUCUCUGUCCGCUGGCCCCAGCGAGGACAUUGACCAUGACAUCAUGCGACACCGCUACGCGACUAUCUGGUCGCUGUGUGAGUCGCUGAAGCGCGAUGAAAACUACCAGCAGAUCCUCGAGGCUACUCUUGGCCUCAUCUUCUUCCAGUGUGUCGUUGGCCGCUCAUCAAACGAGGAGCUGCUUGACAUUGCGUGGCACCAGCACUUCCAAGCUGCCAUCAACCUGGUGACCAAGCUGGACCUCCCCCGUCAAGUCUUGGACCCUGCCACGCCGAUGACGCAGACUCCAUUCAACAUGACCCUGACCGCCUGGAUUGACAUCCUUGGCGCCACCAUGCAGGGAACAUCCCCUACCUUUGCGCACACGUACCGCGAGAAGCACCUGUCUCAGGCAAAUCCAUACAUGGGUCUGCGCGAGCUCAUGGGCUGUGAGGACCGAGUCAUGUAUCUCAUCUCUGAGAUUGCCUGCCUCGAGUCUCUCAAGAGAGACGGCAUGGAUGACUUCACUCUCUGCCAGCACGUUUCCGCCCUAGGCGAGCAGAUCAGCCUCACUGAGCUUUCCAAGAACAUCACGGCCGCCUUCCGCCUUGCGGCGCGCAUUUACCUGUGCAGCUUGGUGCCUGGCUUUAGCCCUGAGCAGCACUCACCGAUGGGUCUGGUUGAUAAGCUUACCAAUGUCUUGCGAUUUAUCCCGUCGGGCCCAGAAGGCUUUGACCGCAGCUUGGUCUGGGUCUACCUCCUGUGCGGCUCCAUCAGCCUGCCCGGCUCCGAAUUCCGCGCCCUCUUUGAGGAGCGCGUUGCGCAGCUCGGCGAGCAGGCCAACUGUGGCUCUUUUGGCCGAAUGGUCAUGGUGCUGCGUGGCCUCUGGCUUCACAACGACAACUUGUCGAGGCUCGGCACCCCUGAGAGCGCCGGUUCCGAUGUGCCUCAGCAAUAUCUCCACUGGCGAGAUCUUAUGCGGAUGCAGAACAUGGACUACCUGCUCAUGUAA